GUAGCCCACAAGCAUCUCGUUCAUGUCCCAAUAGAGAUCUCACGAGAUCGAACCGAGCCGUGAAUGUUGAUGUCCAGUAACAGUUGACUUGUACCAGUCCGAUCCGAUUGGCAAGAUAAUUCUCGGUGGUCAACGGCGAGUUUAGUGCGAGGAAGUGUUGAAGAUGGGGUGUGGGGCCGUUACUACGAUUUUUAUUAUUACUUGUUUUAUUUAUUUAACUGAUUCUGUUUUAUUGGAUGCAGGAAAAACCAAAGAACUAGAAGGUGUGAUAAACGAUGACCAAUUCAUAGUAUCCUUAAGGCAUAUAAAACCGAGAAAGAGAUCCAGGGGUUUGCUGGAAACUCUAUUCGCAGUUGACUUUCCGAAUAGUAACAACAAAUUUGCUCUUCUUUUAGAUAGGAAAGUUAAAAAAGUGAUUGUUGAAACUUUAGAAGAUGGCCGAAAAAGAUCACAACAUUUUACGGUAGAUCCUCUAGACGAAGAUACAAUUAUCAAAUCUCUUAUAUUAGAAAUUAAUCAAAUACAACCUGGGGCACACGCCACUUUAUAUUUAGAUUGCGAUUCUUACGGUAUGGUAGCUUUACCUAAAACGUUAAAGGAGAUGCACCAAACACACAAUCAUCCCAAAUUAGAAGUUUAUCACGAAAGAAAAUAUCAAAUAGAAAUCGAUGGCCAUCAUCGGGACUUACGCAUGGUAUUAAAUAGAAAUGAAUGUCCAGUUUCCAUACAAAGCAAUCUGAGCAAAAAUUACGAAAAUUAUCUCAACGAUAACGAUCUUAGUGAUGAUCCCAACGUUCAGGCACAGGAACCAGAUUAUGAUCAAUAUAGAAGAGGAGGAGAGGAUCCAUACAGGAGGAGAUCCGAGGAUCCUCAAAGGGGAGAUAUUCCGUUGAUAUCCCAGCUCGAAGAUUCUGGAAUUUUGGAUCGUCUGAACCUACUCAUCGAACGCGUUAAUUUUGAAGUGAAAAGGUGCGAAGCUACAACUCAAGCAAUUGAUAAUCUACGUCGUCUAAUCGAACAAUGCGAAUUGUGCAAACCUCAACCUAUAAAAGUACCAACUUGCGAAACACAUCCGCCGAAUUGUUUCCAAGGGGUUAGAUGUUAUAAUACCGAGCAAGGACCUAGGUGUGGACCGUGUCCAAGAGGUUAUGUAGGUGACGGAUAUACUUGCACUCCAGGACGUACUUGCGCGGAUAAUCCUUGCGCUCCUAACGUACAAUGUACGGAUACAAUUCGAGGAGCUCAAUGUGGACGUUGUCCGCCGGGUUUCGAAGGGGAUGGCUUCACGUGUACGAGAAUCAACCCUUGCCAGUAUAAUCCAUGUGCUCCAGGAUCUAUCUGUGUGCCUGUUGAAGAGAGUCCUUACUACCAAUGCCAAGGUUGUCCUCCUGGUUUUACAGGGAACGGUACUAAGUGUCAAGAUAUAGAUGAAUGCGACUUAGUUCAACCGUGCGAUCCACGUGUCAGUUGUCAUAAUUUGCGCCCAGGAUACAGAUGCGACCCGUGCCCUCCUGGUUUCCGGACGGAAUCUGAUAGUCAAGGUAUAGGAAUCGAAGAAGCGCAAAGAAGAAGACAAGUAUGCAUCGAUAUAGAUGAAUGUUUAGAAGGAAGAGUAUGCGUACCACAUUCUGAAUGUAUCAAUACAGAGGGUUCUUACCACUGCGGUCCUUGCGAAUACGGAUUUAUUGGUAAUCAAACCAUUGGUUGCGUUCAAGGAGAAGGCUAUUGUCCUAGUGGGGAUAGAUGUGAUAUUAACGCCGCCUGUCAUAGCUUGGGUUGGAAUUCAUACGCUUGUAUAUGUAAUACAGGUUUCGCUGGAAACGGUGUAUAUUGUGCCAAAGAUACGGAUCUUGAUAGAUGGCCCGAUAUAGAACUACCAUGUAAUGAUAAAUUCUGUCAAAUGGAUAAUUGCAAGUAUACACCCAAUUCUGGACAAGAAGACACUGAUGGUGAUAGAAUUGGCGAUGCUUGUGACGAUGAUCCUGAUAAUGACGGUGUUAAAAAUCAGGAUAACUGUCCAUUGAUAGCAAAUCCGGAUCAAAAAGACACCGAUUACGACGGUGGAGAUAGCAUAGGAGACGUUUGUGACAAUUGUCCUUACGUAAAAAAUCCAGAUCAAAGCGAUAUUGACGGCGAUGGCAAAGGUGAUGCUUGCGAUGAAGAUAUAGAUAACGAUAGAAUCAUUAACGAGAGAGACAACUGCGUUAGAAUACCGAAUUACGAUCAAGCCGAUAGAGAUGGAGACGGAGUAGGUGAUGUUUGUGAUAACUGUCCUUCAGCCUACAAUCCGGGACAGGAAGACAUAGAUGAGAAUAACGUUGGAGAUGUUUGUGAUUCUCCCAUAGAUACUGAUAAAGAUGGAAUACCAGAUAAUCACGAUAAUUGCAAACAUAUAGCAAACCCUAAUCAGUUAGAUACAGAUAGAGAUGGAAAGGGGGACGCUUGUGAUAAUGAUAUUGAUGAAGAUGGAGUACCAAAUAACAUGGAUAACUGUGUUUACGUUUACAAUCCGGAUCAAUUAGAUUCUAAUAAAAACGGACGUGGAGAUAAGUGCGAUAACGACACGGACGCUGACCACGUACCUGACAUAACGGACGUGUGUCCUACGAAUUCAUUGAUUUACCAGACUGAUUUCAGUAAAUACCAAACGGUCGUAUUGGAUCCUGAAGGUGAAACUCAAACUGAUCCGAUCUGGGAAAUAUACAAUCAAGGAGCUGAAAUCGUACAAACGAUCAACAGCGAUCCAGGAUUAGCUGUGGGACACGAUACUUUCACAGGAGUAGAUUUCGAAGGAACUUUCUUUGUAGAUUCUGAUGAAGACGACGAUUACGUCGGAUUUAUCUUCAGUUACCAAAGUAAUAGGAAAUUCUACGCGGUUAUGUGGAAGAAACAUCCUCAAUUAUAUUGGGAGGCCGAGCCGUUUAGAGCGUUCGCCGAACCUGGUAUUCAGAUAAAAGUGAUUGAUUCCGAAACAGGCCCGGGAGAAGUACUUAGAAAUUCAUUAUGGCACACAGGAGACACUCCCAAUCAAGUAAAACUCCUUUGGAAGGACCCGAGAAAUGAAGGAUGGAAAGAAAAGACUUCAUAUAGAUGGUUCUUGAUACACAGACCAGUUAUUGGACUUAUUAGAUUGAAAAUAUUCGAUGGGGAAAAUAUGGUUGUAGACUCUGGUAAUUUGUUCGAUACAACUCAUAAAGGAGGAAGGUUAGGAGUUCUUUGUUUCUCGCAACAAAUGAUUAUUUGGUCCGAUUUGGCGUACAGAUGUAAUGAUAACGUUAAAGAAGAAGUAUGGAGAGAACUAUCGCCAAGACAACAAAAUAAGGUUAAAAUUGACAACGUUGGUGCGUACAGCAUUAAAGCUCCGGAAUUAUAAUUUCAUAUUCAAUUUUUUGUUAACCAUUCAAAUUUUUAAAAUAAAUUAACAAAUUUUUUGUUGAAUCGAAUAUCAAUUUAUACUUAAUCAAA